CGGGGGGCGGCGGCGCCCGAGCGGACACGGAGACGGCCAGCAGCAGCCGCGGCGGCGCCGCAGGGACGAGCGCCCAGGGUCGGUCUGGGGUUCUAGCAGCCGAAGCGAGCCCUCCCGGCCCCACCCCGCACCCCCGCGUGGAAGAUGCCUGAACAGAGCAAUGACUACCGGGUGGUGGUGUUCGGGGCGGGCGGCGUGGGCAAGAGCUCGCUAGUGCUGCGCUUCGUCAAGGGCACGUUCCGGGACACCUACAUCCCCACCAUCGAGGACACCUACCGGCAGGUCAUCAGCUGCGACAAGAGCGUGUGCACGCUGCAGAUCACCGACACCACGGGCAGCCACCAGUUCCCGGCCAUGCAGCGGCUGUCCAUCUCCAAGGGCCACGCCUUCAUCCUGGUCUUCUCGGUCACCAGCAAGCAGUCGCUGGAGGAGCUGGGCCCCAUCUACAAGCUCAUUGUGCAGAUCAAGGGCAGCGUGGAGGACAUCCCCGUCAUGCUGGUGGGCAACAAGUGCGAUGAGACCCAGCGGGAGGUGGACACCCGCGAGGCCCAGGCCGUGGCCCAGGAGUGGAAGUGCGCCUUCAUGGAGACAUCGGCCAAGAUGAACUACAACGUCAAGGAGCUCUUCCAGGAGCUGCUCACGCUGGAGACACGCCGGAACAUGAGCCUGAACAUCGAUGGCAAGCGCUCCAGCAAACAGAAGAGGACAGACCGCAUCAAGGGCAAAUGCGUCCUCAUGUGAGCCCAGAGCGCCCACCGCCGGCGCCCUGCUGUCCCGGCCCCAGGCCUCUCCCCACGUCCUGUGCCCCCGCUCCCCGCCGCCCCCCCCACCCCACCCCCCCGCCUCCUAUUCCCUCUCCUUCUCCUCCUCUUCCUUCUUUCCCCUUCCCCCACCAUCUCUUCCACUUCUUUCUCUCCAACAUCUCCGGCGGGGAAACUGAGGCCCUGCCGAGCCUGUGGCAGACCUGGGGCUCCAACCCAGCUCUGUCGUGUCACUCUGCCUUCCCCUCCCUCUUUGCCCCGCCCACCGUCCUGUCUGUACGCCCCCCCAAAGCCAAGCGCUGGAGGCGGCCCCCUUGAUCUGCACAUGGGAAAACGGGGGAAGCUGCCUGUCCCCAUAGGGACUGAGGAUGCCGGUUUUUCCUCCAUCUCCGUGUCUCCCAGGACUCCCACCUCUGACACUGCCCCCUGGGUGCCCCCAGCCAGACCUGCACCCUGCCCCUACAUUAGAUCACUGUGACCUUGCCGGGGAGGAGGGAGUUGAAACGCACAUGGACCUCAGAUUUUCUUUUCUCCUACUUGGUGUUUGACAUACACUCCUCACCCCCUUCCAUCCCUCAUGACCUCUGGCCUGUGCCCCCCUCCCCAGGUCCCAGACCACCCCUCUCACCCCCGUCCCCACGGAUUGGUGGGGGGCCUUGCGGGCUGGGUCUCAGGCUGCCAGGCAAUAACCACAGGGCUCACAGCAGUGCCCCGCCAGCCCGGAAUCUCACUCCUCGUCCCGCCUGGGCUUGGGGUGCAGGCAGGGGAGGCCCGGGACCGGCCGAUGGCCACGGCACAACUCCAGGGGACUGUCUGGAAUUAAUAUGGAGGGCCUUCCCGGACAUAGCCCUCAGACAGAGAUCGAGACAGUUUGUCGCCACCGAGCCCAGGGCAGGGGACCUGGGGUGUUGGUGAGGGGUUGCCGGGCCCCGUCCAGGGGCAGGCAUCUGGACCCAGCAUCGGCAGGAUCUGAGGGGCUGGACGCAGAGCUCUGCCCAGCCCAAUUCCUCCCACCUAUGGGGCCCCCCGGGGGGGGCACCCAGGAAGGCGUGGGUCCUGAAGUCAGGGUGUGCCCACCACCACCGUGAGAUUCUGUUUUUGUGAGUGUCUAGAUGACACCACACUCAUGGGACCCAGUGAGGCCAUGUCGGACAGUAUGAAGGUGACCUGUAGGCCUGGGGUGGGGUGGGGGACACCCAUGGGAUGAUGCAUUGGGCCCCUUGGUGUGCUGGGCAGAUGGCUUGUGUCUAAGCGUGUGUGCGGGGCUCCUGUGUGUGUGAUGGUCUGUCGUGUGAUCCCAGUGUAGGGUGUAUGCAUAUGCAGGGGUGGGUCGCGUGGUUGCCAGGAGGACUAGACACCUGUGAUGUGUGAGCCUUGGCACCUGCAAGAGUGUGACCGUGUGCAGCUGCGUUUUCGGGAGUGGGUUACGGGAUUUAGCAGAGAGCAUCUGUGGACCUGUUUGUCCUGACUGUCUGAGGAGCACCACGCCUGCUGUACUCUGUCGUAAGGGGGGCUCUCAGCCCAACAUCUGUAUCCAUCAGCCGUUGCUGGGGAACACAUGAGCGCAAACUCAGCAACUUGCAACAGCACACAUUUGUGGUCUCAGCGUGAGGCCAGCUGGGCUGUGGUCUCAUCCAAAGGCGUGACCAGGGACAGAUCCACAUCCAGCUCAUGUGCUCCUGGGCAGCAUUCAGUUGCCUGUGGUCUCAGGACUGAGGGUCUCAGCUGCCUGCUGGCCGUGGCUGGAGCUGCCCUCAGCUCCCUGCCUCCUGGGCCUCUCCCUGGGGCCACUCACAGCGCUGGUGUCAUUAGGUGCAAGGAAGCGGCACGUGUGUGUGUACGUGUGCGUGUGCACCUGCAAAAGAGAGGUCAUGUGACCAUGUGGACUGUACGUGGGUAAGAGGGACUGUUUGUGUCCAUCUUGGUAGCAGUGUGUUUUUCUCCUUCUGCAUCUGUAUGGCUGUUCACUCCGCAAAUAUUUACUGGGCCCACUGUGAGAAGGAGAGACUGUGUGUGUGUGCACGUGUGUGUCACCGCCCGGCGCGUGGACAGGCCCAUGGAAGAAAAGGCAGCAUCCUGUCUGAGCACAGCGGAACACCCCUGUCCUGUGGCGGGUCCAGGGCCCACCAGCAGCUGGUGUUGACCCCUCCCACUUGAAGGUGCCGGAGAAAGUGGGGCUGCGCAGGGGUCUGCGGCCCUUUCUCAGGGACACACCCUGAUAGCACAAUCUCCCUGGGGCUCUGCCUGCCUCCAGGCCUCUUCUGCCCCAGGCCCUGCCCCGACCCUGGGGUUCUCCAGCAGGAGGGGGCCAGAGCCUGCCCCAGCUGCUGGCCCAUCCUGCCUCGGCACCCCUGGGUCUGGGGACCGUGCCAGGCCAUGCUUGCUGUCCCCGCCCCUGCCCCCUCACCUCCCGCAUGUGGGUGCCCCCCGCCCCCCCGCUGUGGGGUCUG